GCGGAUGCUCGGCCCGGGGAGGUCGGGGAGCGCUCGGGGGCCGUUCCUGGCCCCGGGCCGAGCGCUGACGGCCGCGUCUCGCCCCCAGGGAAUGCGCACAAGGGCCCGAAGGAGCGGUACCGAGUGGGUUCGUUGCUGGGGCGCGGCGGAUUCGGCAGCGUCUUCGCAGCCACGAGGCUCUCGGACGGUGCCCCGGUGGCCAUGAAAUGCGUGCCGCGGGAUCGCAUCCGGCACUGGGGCGAGCUGCCCGACGGCACCAGCGCACCACUGGAGAUAGUGCUGCUGGACAAGGUGUCCACAGGCUUCUCCGGUGUGGUGCACCUCCUGGAGUGGUUUGAGCUCCCAAACAACAUCGUGAUGGUGCUGGAGCGCCCAGAGCGGUGUCAGGACCUUCGGCAUUUCAUUCGGGCACGGAGGUUCCUGACCGAGGAAGAGGCGCGGGAGCUUUUCCGGCAGGUGCUGGAGGCCGUGCAGCACUGCACCAGCUGCGGGGUCCUGCACAGAGACAUCAAACCAGAGAACAUCCUGGUUGACCUGGACACCGGGCAGGCAAAAUUGAUUGACUUCGGCUGUGGCACCUACCUGCAGGACACAGCCUACACUCAAUUUGCAGGAACACGAUCAUACAGACCCCCGGAAUGGACCAACUUCAGAUGGUAUUAUGGCGAGGCAGCAACCGUCUGGACCCUGGGCAUCCUGCUGCAUGAGAUGGUCUGCGGGAAGCACCCUUUCAGGAGGGGCAGGAACAUCAGCUGGGCCCAGCUCCCGCUGCCACAACGGCUCUCCCAAGAUUGCCAAGUUCUGAUCAGGCGGUGUUUAUCCCUGCACUACUUGGACAGGCCCUCAUUAGAAGACCUGUUCUGUGAUCCCUGGAUGCAGGAUAUUCAUCAGCCAUAGAAGAAGGGAGAGAGCCACGGGCACAGUGAUGCAGGGACCUGUGACAGCCGGGCCCUGGGCAGAACCCUGACAGCCUGGUGUCACCCCAGGGAAGAAGGAGCCCCUGGAGAAGCUGCACCAGGUGGGGCUGCUGCUGCUGCUGCUGGGGACAUGGAGGACAACAGCAAGGAUGACAACCUCUUCCUCCACCUGGCCAGCGGCAGCUGGCGAUGAUGGACUUU